ACAGAGAUUCAUUGUCUUCUUUACCUGUCUGCCUAUCUGGAUCGUGCCCACUGAGUUGUCUUCAAAAGCAGCGGUCUUAAAAUAAGUUAAAAAAAAUCUUUGCUUUCGAGAAGAAGAAGAGAUAGAUCGAAAUGGGUGCCUCUGAAUCAGUCCCACAGAAUUCCAUCCAUGAAUUCACAGUCAAGAAUAGUCGGGGAAAGGACGUGGAUCUCAGUGUCUACAAGGGGAAGGUGGUGCUCAUCGUUAACGUUGCUUCCAAAUGUGGAUUGACUGAUUCAAACUAUAAGCAACUGACAGACAUUUACAGCAAGUAUAAGGAGAAAGGAUUGGAGGUUUUAGCAUUUCCCUGUAAUCAGUUCUUGCAUCAAGAACCAGGUACAAGCGAGGAUGCUGAAGAAUUCGCUUGUACCAGAUACAAAGCGGAAUUCCCAAUCUUCAAGAAGGUUCGUGUUAAUGGAGCAAAUGCAGCACCCAUAUACAAAUUCCUGAAAUCAAGUAAAGGGGGAUUUCUUGGAUCAAGAAUCAAAUGGAACUUCACCAAAUUUUUAGUUAACAGGGAAGGAAAGGUUGUUCGUCGUUAUGGCCCAACUUCAACUCCCCUAUCUAUGGAGGGAGACAUUCAGAAAGAGUUGGACAAGAAGAUAUGAGUUGUUACUAAUUAGGUGUGAAGAAUGAUGGUUUUUGAUUAAUUUAUAAUAGAUUGUUCAUAUUGAAUGAUGUCCAUGAUGAUGAUACACAAUUAUAUAUUUUCAAUCUUCUUUUCUAGCUUAUGACAGAGUAGAAAACGUUUUCAACUCA